GACUCAUCGAUAGAAACUGGGAAGAGCUACAGAGGAGAAGCCAAACAAGCAAGCUGAUAACUCAAAGAAAUACUCUUUUGAGGAGGGGGUUCAGAGUGGAGCCAUCAUGAGCGAUGUUACCAUUGUGAAGGAAGGCUGGGUUCAGAAGAGGGGAGAAUAUAUAAAAAACUGGCGGCCAAGGUAUUUCCUGCUAAAGACAGAUGGCUCUUUCAUAGGCUAUAAGGAGAAGCCCCAGGAUGUGGAUCUGCCAUACCCACUCAACAACUUCUCAGUGGCAAAAUGUCAACUAAUGAAAACAGAGCGACCAAAGCCAAACACGUUCAUAAUCAGAUGUCUUCAGUGGACCACUGUCAUAGAGAGGACGUUCCAUGUGGACACUCCAGAGGAACGGGAAGAAUGGACAGAAGCGAUCCAGGCUGUAGCAGACAGACUUCAGAGGCAAGAAGAGGAGAGGAUGAACUGUAGUCCAACUUCACAAAUAGACAAUAUAGGAGAAGAGGAGAUGGAUGCUUCAACAACCCAUCAUAAAAGAAAGACGAUGAAUGAUUUUGACUAUUUAAAGCUACUGGGCAAAGGCACGUUUGGUAAAGUUAUUCUGGUCCGAGAGAAGGCUAGUGGGAAAUACUACGCUAUGAAGAUUUUGAAAAAAGAAGUCAUUAUUGCAAAGGAUGAAGUGGCUCAUACUCUUACAGAAAGCAGAGUAUUGAAAAACACCAGACACCCUUUUUUAACAUCCUUGAAAUAUUCCUUCCAGACAAAGGAUCGUUUGUGUUUUGUGAUGGAGUAUGUUAAUGGAGGAGAGCUGUUUUUCCAUUUGUCGAGAGAGCGGGUGUUCUCAGAGGACCGCACACGCUUCUAUGGUGCAGAAAUUGUCUCUGCUUUGGACUAUCUGCAUUCUGGGAAGAUUGUGUACCGUGAUCUCAAGUUAGAAAAUCUAAUGUUGGAUAAAGAUGGACACAUAAAAAUUACAGAUUUUGGACUUUGCAAAGAAGGGAUCACAGAUGCAGCAACUAUGAAAACGUUCUGUGGUACUCCAGAAUACCUGGCACCUGAGGUAUUGGAAGAUAAUGACUAUGGUCGUGCAGUGGACUGGUGGGGAUUAGGAGUUGUCAUGUAUGAAAUGAUGUGUGGGAGAUUACCAUUCUACAACCAAGAUCAUGAAAAACUGUUUGAACUAAUACUAAUGGAGGACAUAAAAUUUCCUCGAACCCUCUCUGCAGAUGCAAAAUCAUUACUUUCAGGCCUACUGAUAAAAGAUCCAAAUAAGCGACUUGGUGGAGGCCCAGAUGAUGCAAAAGAAAUCAUGCGUCAUAGCUUCUUUGCUGGAGUAAACUGGCAGGAUGUAUAUGAUAAAAAGCUUGUACCUCCUUUUAAACCUCAAGUGACAUCUGAGACAGACACCAGAUAUUUUGAUGAAGAAUUUACAGCUCAGACUAUUACAAUAACACCGCCUGAAAAGUAUGAUGAAGACGGAAUGGACUGCAUGGACAACGAGAGGCGGCCGCAUUUCCCCCAGUUUUCCUACUCUGCAAGUGGACGAGAAUAACUUUCUGUUCUGCUGCUUCACUGUCAUCUUAGGUUUAUCACUGAAAACGAUUCCGGGGCAUCACCACCAGUACUAGAGGUUAUCUAAGGUAGCAGGGGCACUUUCAGAGCUCAUUCCAAAUUGAACAAGUUUCUUCCCCAAACCUACCUAAAGUCCGUUUGGGUUUCUGCAUGAAGUACAGUAUUUCUCUACGCUCUCCUGCUGUUGCUGCUGCCCGCAGGCUCAAUCUCAUGGCAGCGCCAAGAAGUAAUUCCCAGUUUCUUUGAAGGGAGAUGACUUCAGCGUUGUGUGCUCUCUGUGCAAAUAGUCAUCUCCUUGGCUAAACAGCAAUUACGUUGGUCCAGAUUAUCUUCUUCUGGAAGGUGAAUCACAACUGUAAUUAGUCUGAAAGGACUAGUUUGUAACACUUUCUUGCAUCUGUCUGUGCUGGUUAGAACGAGGAAAUGCAGGGGUGGUGAUGUACAUAGGCAAGGUUUUUGUUAGGCAUAUCAUUACUUGAAGCAGGUCUCUGUCAUUAACAUCUGGCUGGAAUUUGUUUGGGAAACGUGAGAGAGAAGGACUUAAACUGUUGAUAUAUAUAAAUAUAUAUAUAUAUUAUUUUUUAAUUACUGUUGGAUACUACAGAAGAAGCAGAAGGGCCGGGCUCCCCCGGCCUGCCACUUAGAACUUCCAGGUUCAUGUGCAAUCAUGGAGAAUCGAACAUUAUACAUGCAAGACAUGAAGGCAUAAAAGCAGCAGUUGAAGUUGUUUAAGGGGUCUCAUAAUUUGCACCAGAUAACAUCCUUUCCAUGCUUUUCUUUUUCUUUCAUGAUAAACAUCACCUCUGAUGGCUGAAGAAUGUAGACAGGCAUAAUGGUAUUGCUUUUCACCAAAAUGUGUGCACCAAGGUAAACAGGUGUUUGCCUUAUUUGUUUUUAUUUUGAGUUUGUGAAAUAGCUUUUUCUCCAGGUGUUUAACUCUGAAUAUUCCUUUUUUU